CCGUAUAUUUUAUAUUAUAGGUAUUAUUAUUAUAAUAUCGUUAUGUACUAUCAGCGUAUAAUACAUAAUUGAUAACGACCACGCCGGUUAUCUCCUUCGACUUUAUCGCUCUCCGACACGGUAUUAUUAUACAUAUAUAUAUAUGUAUACAGAUAAUAUAAUAUAUUCUAUAUAACGUGUGCGUUCAUAUUACAUUGAAAUAAUACAAAGUGCACGACUCUGCAGCAGAGUAUUUGAUCAAUCGGAGAGAGACUGAGAGAUCAAACAGUCGAAAAAAAACCGAACAGUACGGCGGCGGCGUGUGUGCAUCACGUAAAACGAGGACGCGCGCGCCGACCGACCGCCGACCGGUGGUGACUAUAUAGUGCAAAGAGCGUGUGUGUGUGUGUGUGAUAGCGCGCGCGCGCGCGUGUGUGUGUGUGUCGUGUUCGUGCGUGUUUGCCGUGUGCGUCCGUCGUGUACGUUCCGCAAACUUUUGAAUAAUUCACGUCGCCCGCACACCGUAGGCGGUACCCACUUUACCUUCUAUCGACUUUUCCCGCCCAAAAUACCCAUCGGACUUAAUAUUUUUCCACACACUAUUGGCCAUUAUUGUGUAUUCACCGUCGUCGACACAGAGGACCGACCCGUGUCCGUGUCGCGAGGGCUGCUCAGAACGACCACUGCCGAUCACCCGCCCGCCCGCACGUCGCGAACACCGCUUUUCGGAAGACGCACUUGACCGCGAUCCGACGGGCUUCAGCAGCUCCGUGUUUCACCGACGUGAGAUCCUCUCCAUGUCGCUCUGCUCCCGCCGACGACAACGUCACCACAACCACUGAUCACAGCCGAGCCCAGGUGAACGAACGACAGCGGUGCGCUGAACAUGUCUGUGGCCGUUUUGACUGCCAUCGCGGUUUUCAUCAUCGUCGUGUUUCGCAUGCUCAACGUGUCCAGCCAACCUCAGAAGCCGUCCUUCUUUUGCAGGGACAAACAGUUCCUCAACAGAGUGCUCAAAUUCGCACCUCAACUCGAUGAGCCAUAUGUACCAACUAGAUUGUGGGGAUUCAGUGGUCAUGUUCAAACUAUUUUGUACAGUGUUUUUGGUAGAGUGAGGUGCCCAUGCCCCAAAGGAGACAGAAAAUUCUUAAAUCUCGAUGAUGGAACUACUUUAACAUAUGAUCUAUUUAAGCCAACUUUUAAUGAACCAGAGCUAGAGGGCAUAACUGUAGUUAUAGUUCCUGGAAUUUGUAACUCUUCGGAGAGCGAUUAUAUUCGAACAUUUGUUAAUUAUACUCAAAAUCAAGGCUACAGAUGUGCAGUUCUUAAUCAUGUUGGAGCUUUGCAUAAUGUUCCUGUUACCGCUUCUAGAAUAUUCACAUAUGGUCACACAGAUGAUCUUCAUGUAAUGCUUUGUAAUUUAUCAGAACAUUAUCCUAAUACUAAAAUUAUAGUUAUUGGAUAUAGUAUGGGUGGUAACCUGGUUACUAAAUACCUUGGAGAAUCUCGUCAUAAUAGACCAAGUAGUGUUAUUGCUGGAGUAUCUAUAUGUCAACCAUAUGAUGCAUUGAAGGCUACUGGUGUUUUAUUGCAUUGGCAAAACUUUCGAAGACUUUAUUUGUAUGCAUUAACAGAAGCAAUAAAAGCUUUAAUUUUGAAACAUAGAAGUAAACUAUUGGCAGACGAUGUUAAAGAACAAUAUUCAUUAAUUGAAAAAGAUAUAAUAUCUGCUGCUACAUUACCUGAACUUGAUGAUGCUUAUACCAGAAAAGUCAAUAAUUUUAAAAACCUUCAUGAGUUUUACCGAUGGUCAAGUUGCUUGCAUUACAUAAACAAUUUAAAAACACCAAUGAUAUUUAUUAAUUCAAGAGAUGAUCCAUUGGUGCCAGAAGAUUUAUUGAUACCUAUUCAAAAUUUUGCAAAAUCAAAAGAUAAUAUAUUAUAUAUGGAACUGAUGCAUGGUGGUCACCUUGGAUUCUUUGAAGGCGGAUUCAUGUAUCCUAACCCUAUAGCAUGGUUGGAUCGGACUUUAGUUUCAUUAUUGCCAGCUCUCAGAGAACAUUGUAUUGAUGACAUGAAAAAAACAGCAGUUUACUGAAUUUAUCCACUUAUAUUUACUAAAUACAAGUGUAGUUGGAUUUUUUCUUCAUCUUGACUAUGUCAAUCAUAAUUUAUACAACAAAAAAAAGACAAUAAGUAUGCUAUAUUUUUUUCUUUAUAUUCUUUAAUUUUUAUUAUUAUUUUCAUUUUAUAUUUUAGUUUAUUUUGUUCAAAAUACUGAUAAAAAUGUUAUUUAGUUAUUGUUUUUUUUUAAUAUUUUAUUAAAUAUGUAUAAUAUUCUUUUAAGAUUAAAUUAUAAUUUUUCACUUUUCUAUUAAUUUAAAUUUAAUUGUUCCACUAGAAAAAAAUGAGAACCAUUUUUAAUAUCUAAUGUGGCUUUUCUUUAUAAAAUCAUUGAUUUUUUAUUCUAAUAACUAAUGAUUAGCCAAUGGAUUAUUAAAUAUUAGUUCAACAAACAAUUUCAUUUAAUAUUAAAACCAUUGUAUAAUUUACAUUUCAUCUCGUCUAUUUGAUGUUUUCAUUAAAUAUUUACUUAAUAUACACUUAAUUUAUUCAUUCCAACACAAUUAUAUAGUUUCUCUUAUGAAAGUUCCUUAAUUAAUUUGUAUUUGUUUAUUUAAUUCAGACUCAUUUUCACUUGUAUAACUGACAUACAUCACCAAUAAUUUAUAAUAUAUUUUCAUAAUUUUAACACAGUAUUGUGUCCUAAAUUUAUAUUAUUUAUAAGAUUUCAAUAAAAUAUUUUUAUCUACUGAAAUUAAUUAAAAAUAUCAUCUAAAUAUUUUACUGUUUUUGUAUUUCGUUAUUUUUUCAAGUUGGUAUAAUCUUAGUACAUGACACAUUUUGAAUAAAAUAUCAUGAUAUUAUUGUAGAACUAGUGUGUGACAAGCUCAACUUAAAUGUUAUUAAUUAUGAUUUUAGCAAGCCCGAUUUGUUACCACUUUUUUAAUUUAUAAACACAGUUUAUUGAAUUAUGUUCCGUUUAUUGUGUUUCAAUAUCUUAACUAAUGUUAAUGAAGAUAUAUUUGUAUAACUGUACUCAUUAAGUUAUUUAUAUAAUAUAAUAUAUUUAUAUAUAUUUUAUUUUGUAUUUAUUUGUUUUAUUUUAAAUGAAAGCCUAUUUAUUGUUUAUUUUAAAAUAUUAAUAUGACUGUACAUGCAAUUUAUUAUUUAUACAUACAUUAUAUACACAACAUUUACAAGUACAGGGUACCUAAGAAAGCUAAACAACUUUUUGAGUGUACAAAUAAUUAAAUGUUUUGAACUAUUCUAAAAACCCUGUAUGUAUACAUAGAUUAUAAAAAAAAAUAUCUUUGUUUAAAUAUAUCUAAUGUUACUGUGUACUUAUGUAAA